AUGAGCAACGAGGGCUGGGUGACCGACGCGCACAGCCGGGUGGUGCAGCGCAGCUUCUCAGGCAGCGGCGCUGACGAGGACAUUGUGGUGGCCAGUGUGCGCGCCUACGUCACCGCCCUCAACAAGAUGAUUGGGUGGCUCGGGACUGACAGCAAGAACGGGGCCGCCGCAAGCAGCGCCGCCAAGCGGCCGUCCGUCGGCAGCGCAGACGUCGCAGUGGCGAUCGGCAAGGCGUGA